GGAUAAACUCCACCACGAACUCCGGACCACCCCCCACCCCCCUUUCUCCAGGCUAAGGACGGCGGGCUCCAAGUUUUGCUCGAGUGUGUGGACAGGAGCCAAGACCUUUUGGAAUGAAAUUUAAAGAAAAAAAAAAAGUUCCAGCACAGCCUUGGUGACACAAAUGCAAAAAUUUCAGUGCUCUUGUUUGGAGUGGAAAAAAGCAGAUUUUGCAUCCUGCAACUAAAUUUCAUGGAUUCCAACUCCAAUACCGUGGUUGUAACUGGUUUUGGGCCAUUUGGACGCCACCCUGUUAAUUCUAGCUGGGAAGCAGUGAAGGAACUCUCCAAUUUGGGUUUGGGCAAAGAUGUGGCAAUUAGGAUUCUGCAAUUGCCUGUGACUUACAAGAAAACAAAGGAGCAAGUCUCCAAAAUUUGGGAAACCCUUCAACCUCAAUUCAUUGUCCAUGUUGGAGUUGCUUCAUCUUCCAAAGCAAUCAUCCUAGAACAGUGUGGAAGAAACCGAGGUUAUAGAGAUGCAGAUAUUUGUGGUUUUUUACCAGAAGAUGGUGUCUGCCUGUCAGAUGGCCCAGACAUGAUUGAAUCUACUAUCAAUAUGAAAACAGUUUGCAAAAACAUCUCUGUCAAUGGAAUCCAGGUUCUCUUUUCCAGAGAUGCGGGAAGAUAUGUCUGCGAUUAUACCUACUAUUUGUCUCUGCAUUAUGGAAAUGGCUGUGCUGCUUUCAUUCAUGUCCCUCCAUUAUCCAAUUUGCUAACAGCCGACCUUCUAGGAAGAGCAUUGCAAAUCAUUAUCCAAGAGAUGUUAAAGCAGUUUGGAAAGGCCAGAAAAUAAAGCAUGACUUGCAGGAAAUUCAGAUAAUCACCGUGUUAUAUGCCAAGAGAACCAAAGGACGAAAGAAGUUUUCAAGAAAAAAAAAAUUGAAUGCUGAAAUCCUGCUAAGAGUUUGACUGCCCUUUUGAGAAUUUUUUUUUAAAUUGCUUGUAAAAUGGUGUUUACAGAGAAAAAUAAAUUAUGAAUUAACCCAAUAAAAUAGCAAGGGGUUAUAUUCCCGUAAGAAAAGGAUGAACACAGCAGAAGACAGAAUUUUUACAAGGGAUUAACAAGCUUCAAGUGCAAUUUCUCUUCUUAUAAUAAAAUAAGAUCCAAUUAAUUUCUUUUCUGAGAGUUUACAGAGUAUGCAAAACUGACCACAGAUGACUCCAAUGCAGUCUGCCUUUAUGAGAGCAAAGCCAAGCAGUGGUUAAAGAAUAUGUUCUUGAUUUGCCUCUGUGCUAACACCCAUUGUGAUACAUUUGAUGAAGUCGCUGUAUUUGUCAUUAAGAAAAUACACGAUUGCAAUUUCUAUUUU